AUGGGAAGUUUGUUGAGGCCAGUUGAUCUGGUAAACCAGCCACUUGGAUUCCAAGAAAGGUAUAAGAUUUUGCAGAAGUUAUUCAAGCAGUUACAAAAGGCGUAUUCACAUACAAAUAGAAGCAAUAUUGAUCUUGAAAGACUUGCCACCCGCUUGGAAGUACAUGUAGCCAGAAAUAGCUUGUCUGGUCAGAGUUACAAGUUUAACAUGAGCAUUUUACUGCGAGAUGUACUCAAAUAUAAGGGAGAUCUCUCGAAGAUCAAAGUUAAUGGGCGCCCUCUCAAAGGAGGCAAGCCCCAUUCAUAUUCAAACAGUAAUAUAGGCACCAUCACCACUAAAUCAAAAGCGAUGGAAGCUUUAAAGGCUUUGGUUCAUGAUGUGAAGGCGUUGGAAAAGAAUGGCUAUACUGUUAAGGAAACGCAAAAUGAAACUAGUGAUGACAAUAAUACGCAACUAUAUGCAUCUUGUUUGCGCUGCAGUACGAAUUUUAAAAAGACAGACAUCAUGGAAAAAACUUUAUGCAGGUAUCAUCCUUUAAAGAGAAUGUACAACAGAGAGACCAAGAACCAUCAGUAUCCGUGCUGUGGCGAAACUACUGACUCUGUUUCUUUUCUAAGGCUUGGAUGCAAGACGUUUUUUCACCACGUGUUUAGAGGGGAAUCAUAUGAUGAUUUGUGCAAAAUUUCCAAGUUUUCCAGCACAGAAGACAUGGAUGGUGUUGAGAAUGUCCUUUCUCUUGACUGUGAAAUGGCGUUCACGUCAUUGGGUUAUGAGAUGAUACGUUUGACAAUUGUGGAUUUUUUCACCGGAAAGACACUAUUUGACCAUGUGAUUCAGCCAAUAGGAGAUAUUGUGGAUUUAAAUUCGGACUUUAGUGGUGUCCAUGAGAUUGAUCGAACCAAUUGUCCUACGUACAAGGAGGCGCUUAAUGUAUUUUUAUCCGGAAAUUUAAUAAAUAAAAAUAGUAUACUUAUAGGGCACGGACUGGAGAACGAUCUAAACGUCAUGAGGUUAUUUCAUAACAAGGUGAUAGAUACGGCAAUACUUUAUUCAAAAACAAAGUUUAAGGUGUCUUUGAAAAACUUAGCGUUUGAAGUUUUGAGCAGAAAAAUCCAAAAUGGUGAGCAUGAUAGUUCUCAAGAUGCGAUAGCCACGAUGGAUGUUGUUAAAGUCAAAAUAGGUAUUUCUCCAAGUCAAAACAAUUGGGAUCAAUAA